AUGAAGUCAAUUUUGCGCUUCUUCGCGUCGACUCUCACAUUCGCUAAAAUCAUCAACGCCCAGGUGGAUCUUGGAACAGCUUCGUCUUUCGCAGUCCUAGGUGGCGAGGCAGUUACCAACACUGGAUUCUCGAAAAUUUACGGUGAUGUUGGUGUUUCUCCCGGCCUAGCUAUAACCGGAUUCCCCCCCGGAGUAAUUACCAACGGCAUCACCCAUGCGGCGGAUGCAGUAGCUGCUCAAGCACAGUCUGACAUCACUACAGCCUACAAUGCCGCGGCCAAAGAGCUCUCGCAUGUUGACUUGACCGGGCAAGACUUGGGUGGUAUGACACUUGUUGCAGGUGUCUACACCUUUUCAUCCAGCGCUCAGCUCACGGGCCCUCUUACUCUUGACGGCCAAGUGCUGCCCACGUGCUCCUCAUUGGCGGUGCCUCUUCCUGCAACGUCUUUUGGCAGGUGGGGAGCUCCGCUACUAUUGGUACAGCUACGGUUCAACGACGACGCCAGGCACGACUUCAUCAGGCACGACUUCAUCAGGCAUGACUUCAUCAGGCAUGACUUCACCUGGCAUGACUUCACCUGGCAUGACUUCACCUGGCAUGACUUCACCGGGCAUGACUUCAUCAGGCAUGACUUCAUCAGGCAUGACUUCAUCAGGCAUGACUUCAUCAGACAUGACUUCGCCGGGCAUGACUUCAUCAGGCAUGACUUCAUCAGGCAUGACUUCACCGGGCAUGACUUCAACAAGCCCGACCUCGACAAGCCCGACUUCAAUGACUACAACUUCAACAAUCAUGAAUUCAACAAGCCCGACUUCAAUGACCACAACUUCAACAAUCAUGAAUUCAACAACAAACAUGAAUUCAACGAGCAUGACUUCGAUAAACUCAUCAACCUUUGGCACCACAAAAUGGAUUUGACACGGUAUACAACCACGAAGAAAGCAGGUGCUACCACCAAGAAAGACCAAACUUCUCCUGGGACCACGGGAUCAGCCACUACAGAUUCGGCAACGAACUCAACUCUGAUUGCACCAAAGCAGACGAAGGUGUCUUCAACGGCCCAUAAAGUCAUCACAACAAUAACGUUUACCAUAACGUGUCCUGUUGCACCGACCGUGAUUAAAACUUAUGGCCAAACUUACUUUAUUGAAACACCAUGCACGACAACAUUGACAGCUACGGCUACGGUCGAUAAAACUGGUUCCUACCAGACGCCCGGAGCUUGUGAGGACUGCAUCCAGUACUCACAUCCACAUGCGCCUCCUCAGUCGGUACCAGCUUUGACAGUUACAGCGACGCCCGACAAACCUGGUUCCAGUCAGACGCAAGGACCUUCUGAGGACGGUGUCAUGUCCUCGCAUCCCCAGACGGUACCGACUUCGUAUGGUCCACCGCUUGUGGCUAGUACCGCGGGCACGAAUUGGCCAAAUGUGGCUUUUCUUGUAGCCAUGGCCUUGUUUUCGACCAGUCUGGGAUUACUUUAA